AUGAAUAGUUCAAUUUCAUCUUAUCCUGUUUUUUCAUCAUUGGAUUUAUAUUAUUUCUCAGUUUCAUCGAAUAUUUUUGUUUAUGGAUAUAUAAUUAUUCUGAUUAUUGGGUUUAUAGGUAAUAUAUGUCAAAUAUUAACAUUUUCACAUAAAACACUGAGAAAUAUUAGUACUGGUAUAUUAUUCUUUGCAUUGAGUAUAUCCGAUACAAUUUAUCUAUUAUUAUCUUUUUAUGUAUUAAUAAUUUAUGGUUUUCGUAUUCCUGAUCAAUCCAAUUAUGCCAAAAGUUGUCAAUUUCGACAUUAUAUGAAUCAUCUUUCAACAAAUUUCAGUGCAUGGAUGCUUACAACAAUUUCAUGUGAUCGUUGGAUACGUUCACAAUUUCCUAUUAAAGCUCAACAAAUUUGUUCAAAGCGAACAGCUAUUUAUUCAAUUAUUAUUGCACUUAUCUUUGAUUGUCUUUUACAUGUUCAUCUUCUUACACCAAUGUUUGGUCAAAUUGCACCAGGAGUAACAACUUAUUGUGGUGUUGAUCAACGUUAUCCAAGUUAUUCAUAUUUUUAUAAUGAAAUUUGGCCAAUUAUUACUAUUCUUACUGUUAAUAUUAUUCCAGCAAGUUGUAUGAUAUUUUUUCUUAUAGGUAUAACUAUAAAUAUACACAAUCAUCGAAAUCGAGUUACUCCUAUUCGACAAAUAAAUUUAAAUCAACAAGAAAAACGACGUGCAUGUUUUCUUCAUCGACAAAUGUUAAUGCUUAUGAUUGUUACUCUGAUGACUUUUUUCCUUACAACAUUUCCUGUUGCUUUACUACGUUUUACACUAUCUACAUUGAAUAUUCAAAAAUCAUUGUCUUUUAACCUUUUUUUAACGUCUAUAUUGAGUUUUAUAACAGUAUCAAAUUAUUCCUUAAAUUUUUAUUUUCAUUGUUUAACAUCAAAAUUUUUUCGAAAAAAAUUUUUAAAAUGUAUUCCAUGUUCAAUUUCAAUUACUUUUCGUCAUUCAAAUCAUACUACUACAAUGCCUACUACUCAACAACAAGGAGCUGUUACAUAA